GACAACGCCCUCUCGGCCACGGCAGCUGCAGCGGGGAGAUGCCCGUCGUCCACACGCGCCACGACGGGUGGACGCAGGACGGUCGUCACAGUGGAGGGGUGGAGAGGGGCCUGGGUGGGAAAGACUGUCCCGAGCUGAGACAGGUGACCCUCGCGUCUGGCGACACGCUAUCUUGGCGACACAAAAGCUGACAGCACCGCUGACGCAAACGGGAUGGUGAGUUGGGUGGACGACACACGGACUCGUGGGAGGACGAAGGCGGCCAAACGAGGUGUCCGCCGGGGGGGUGCACAGAUAGUCAGUCGAGCUGCUCCAUGCUCAGCAGCAGCCUCCGAUAACCACCAAACAACGCCUUCUUCGCUCCCUUUUCGCUCAGUUACAGCUUGCAAUGCGAGCUAUUGACAAAAGAAAGCAGGAGCUCCGUUGGAUAAUUAGGGCCCUCUGCCUGACCUCUGCCAUCAUAUCUCUUCGACCAAAGCCGUUUUUCGUCCAGACCCCUCCCGGAAGAAGAGGAGUGCUGAAUGCUCAGCCGAGGCUAAGGAACGGCCGGGCAGCAUCGACUCCUCCUGCAGCAGCACCGCACACAGCAGCAACAGCGGCAGCCACGGCAGCAGCAGCGGCGUCACUCAUCAGCCAUCCGGCCCUCGACUUGGGCGUUGAUCUCUCCUCGCCGAGCAGCCUGACGAUGGCGUGGGUGGCGGGUUCGCCCGAGUUAUGGAUGUUUGUGUGUCUGGCGGCGGGCAUGGCGGUGGUGCAGCUCAUACAGAUCGGCAGGAAUGGGUGGAUGCGGGAGAAGACAGACCACGAACGAGACCCCAAGUUCCCCAGGUCAGCUGACUAAUGCGCUUGUCGACCAGAUCAGCUGACUGUCUUUUCUGCCAUGUGUGUGUAUGUGUGUGUAUGUGUGUGUGUGUGUGUGUGUGUGUGUGUGCAUCAGGUUUCAGGUCAAUUUUCUGCUGGUGUAUCUGCUGGCGAUGUUUGCCGACUGGCUGCAGGGUCCGUAUGUGUACGUGCUGUACGAGCGCAUGGGCUACGACAUGCGCAUGAUCGGAUACCUCUUCGUCGUCGGAUUCGCAUCCUCGGCACUUGCCGGCAUGGCCGUCGGGGACCUGGCCGACAGGUGGGAUGUGGGGGCAACACGCUCACAGCCACACACAGCCACACACACACACAGACAGACACAGACACAGACAGACACAGCCACAGCCACAGCCAUGGGCAUGGACGGUUAUGUGUUGUGUGUGAUAGGUAUGGUCGCAAGGCGUGGUGUCUGCUGUACUCGCUGUUUUACAUCCUGGCGUGUCUCAUGUACAACAUCAACAGCCUCCCGCUCCUCUUCUUCGGCCGCUUCUGCGCAGGGGUCGCCACCUCCAUCCUCUUCACCACCUUCGACGCUUGGAUGGUCUGUGAACACAAGAAACGGUACGUACGCUGAGCCGCGCUCUUCCUGCUCCACAUGAUGGGAGGACAUGUGCCCAUCUGUGCAAUCUGUGCGUGACGUUGGCUGGCCAUUCUGUCUUAGGCAUUUUGAGAUGCCGCUGCUGAACGAGACCUACGCGCGCGCCACCUUCGGCAACGGACUCGUGGCCAUCAUCGCAGGAGUGUGCGCAAGCGCAGUCGCAAACACGUGAGUAAUUAUGGAGCACGCGCACACACAACACUCAGGCGCACCCGCACCCAUACCCACAGCCGUUCAUUGCCAAUCCUCUCCGUCUGGCUGCCUUGUCAGUGUGGGCCCGGUCGGUCCGUUCGAUGCGUCCAUAGCUGUGCUGAUAGUGCUGGCGCUGGUGGUGGCCUUCACGUGGACCGAAAACUACGGCCGGGAGGCAGUUGAGGACACUGGCGAUAAGGCCAAGGAGGGCGAGGAUAAGAAGGGCGGUGCGGCUGCUGAUGCGGUGUCGACCGACACGGGCCUGGCGUACGUCUUCCGCACAUUCAGGACACACCCGGAGGUCUGGUGAGCGCUGACAGGGCGGGGGAGGGCCGUUCGUGUGCCGUCGAGCUAUCUCUGAGAAUGUGUGUGUGUGCGUGUGCGUUGACAGGUGGGUGGGUAUGGUUCAGUCGUUCUUCGAGGCGGCCAUGUAUUCCUUUGUCUUUGUGUGGACACCAGCGCUGCCCAGGACGGUGAGCUCAUCAACGGCCAACCGACCGAUCGGCGUCCUUGCGCAGUUGCCGUCUGGUUGUGUCAGAUUGACCAGGGUAUAGUCUUCUCCAGCUUCAUGGUGGCCGUCAUGCUCGGCAGCAACGUCUUCGUGUUCCUCGAAAAGGCCGGGUGCGCAGCAAGGCCGCACACAAACAAAACACACAUGUUUGUCCCCAUAUUUGGUUGCUUGCCUUGCAGGCUUCAGCUGAGCCUGUCGGUACUGCUGUAUGUGGUGGUGGGCGCGGUGUCCAUGCUCUGUGCGGCACUGGCUCUCUACCUCAACGCGGCCUCACCAUGGCGGCUGCUGGCCUUCCUACUGUUCGAGCUGUGCUGCGGGGUCCAUUUCUCGGCCUUCUACUCACUAAGGUGGGCGUCAGCAGGCGCAUUGUGACGAUUUCGCCCAUGUGUGUGUUGCGGUGGGUGGCAUCAGGGCCCGCGUGUUGCCCGAGGAGGGCCGUGCGACCAUCCUCAACCUCUAUCGCGUCCCGCUCAACCUGAUCGUAAUGGGCGUGUGCACACAGGUGGCCUACAGCCCAACCAACCAACCACACACACACACACACACACACACACGUGGAGCAAUUCUUCUUGUGUGUGUGUGUGCAGGCGGCCUCGUUCCCACUUGAGGGUGUGUUCCUCUUUGCGGCCUUCCUGCUGCUGUGUGGGGCGGUGUUCCAGUGUCUGGUGCAUCAGCGGGUGUCCAAAGACGGAUACACCUCGCCCAGCUCCUCUACCAGCCAGAGCGCCAUCGGCAGGGACACACCACAGCAAGAAGACAAAGAAGGUCAGUCAGCUGAGGCGGUGGAUGGAGCAGGCUGGCCAGAACGAGACACCAUGUUUGUGCGUGCGUGUGUUGUUCAGAUGAGAAGGCUCGGCUGCUAGCUCGGCAAAGUGGGGGUGACGAGGCCACACGCGUCAACAGCCGGACAGAGUAGCGGGCCAGCCUAUCAGACAGAAGGCGGGGCGGGGCCCUCACUGCCAAUGCGACGCUCUGCUGGUGGUGGUGUGGAG